AUGAAGGGGUCCUUCUCGAAUGUCAUUCUUGUUCUGGCCAUGUCCACCUGUGCUGUCCUUGCAGCUGACUUCUCUCUUCCUGCAGCUUCCAAAGGGGCUCACCUCCAAGAGACAAAGGUUGAGUGUAUCAAGAAUAUAAAUAAGUGCUGGGCUUUCUCCUACAUUAAGCCAAGUGAACUCAUAUGUGGCAGUGACCAGGUUACCUACAAUGGUGAAUGUCAUCUCUGUUUCAAAAUUCUAUAUGAAGAGCUUAACAUAACUAAACUGUAUGAUGGUCCAUGUGUAAGUAAAGCCACUUUUUCAUUUUAA